UUGAGGCUGUGGUGGGAAGUUGGGUGGAUUUUUCCUCAGACUUGAGGCGAGGACAGGCACAUUAGAAGGGAAAGAGGAAUCCAGGAUGAGACAGAAGACUCUGGAAUGAAGUUAAGGGACCGACUUACGGAUCCCUUGAGCAGUCUAGGUGCCCAAAAAGGGUUCCAGAAAUGAACGGACCCGGGAGGCCGAGAGUGGGCUCCGUCAGUGACUUUCAGUUUGGAGCUGUUGCCACAGAGACGAUAGAAGAUGCUCUGCUCCACCUGGCCCAGCAGAACGAACAAGCAGUGCAGGAAGCCGCGGGACGGAUGGGCAACUUCAGGGAGACCCGGAUUGUGGAGUUUAUUUUUCUCCUGGCUGAACAAUGGUGUCUGGAGAAAUCUGUGAGCUACCAGGCUGUAGAAAUCCUAGAAAGGUUUAUGGUUAAGCAGGCAGAGAACAUCUGCAGGCAAGCCACACUUCAGCUGAGAAAUAAUGAGAAAACAGAGCCUCAGAAUUGGAGGGCUCUGAAAGAGCAGCUUUGCAACAAGUUUACCCUGCAUCUUGUAUCAUGUGUUCAGCUGGCUAGCAAACUUUCCUUCCACUACAAAAUAAUCAGCAACAUUACAGUCCUGAAUUUCCUCCAGGCUCUAGGGUAUCUAUACACUAAAGAAGAACUGCUGGAGUCAGAGCUUGAUGUUUUGAAGUCCCUGAAUUUCCAAAUCAAUCUGCCCACUCCCUUGGCAUAUGUGGAGAUGCUCCUGGAGGUUUUAGGAUACAAUGGCUGUUUGGUCCCAGCCACACAGCUGCACUCAACCUGCCUGACACUGCUUGACCUGGUGUAUCUUCUGCAUGAACCCAUAUAUGAGAGCCUGCUGAGGGCUUCAAUUGAGAACUCCACACCCAGUCAGCUGCAAGGGGAAAAGUUUAUUUCAGUGAAGGAAGACUUCAUGCUCUUGGCAGUAGGAAUCAUUGCAGCAAGUGCUUUCAUCCGAAACCAUGAGUGUUGGAGCCAGGUUGUGGGGCAUUUGCAGAGCAUCACUGGCAUUGCUUUGGAGAGCAUUGCUGAGUUCUCUUAUGCAAUCCUGACUCACAGCGUGGGAGCUAACACUCCAGGGCAACAGCAGCCUGCUCCUCCCCACCUGGCAGCCAGAGCUCUGAGGGCUGCUGCGUCCUCCAACACAUGAGGCAGGAUGAAUCCGCCAAAUAUAAACAGACUUCCAUCACUGCACGCAUCCCUCCCCUUGUUUACGUUCACUACUCAGGGUACAAAAGCUCCAAGAAUCUUUUGAACUGUAGUUUAUGUUCCAAUUCAGGCUUAUUUUUCUGUAUCAGAGAAAGAGUUAAGGUGGACAAGCAUGUAGUUUUUGUUGUACCAGAAUGAAAAUAUCUGAGAGUUGGGAGGAGACAGAAUAUUAGUGAAGUUGGUUCAUUUCAUUUUAUAAGAUAUUUAUGGCUUUUCUUUAACUGUUAAUUUCAUUAAGAGAGAACAUCAGACAUAGAGAUUAGUAUUAAGCAAGGGCUCAAAAACCCAGACCAUCUGGGUGACCUAGACUGAGCAUCAGGAGGGGACCUUUAUUUUCCUUUAAAGUUAGUUUAACAUCUCCGUUCUGUUAUUGAAAUUUACACAAAUAGGGCUUCCUCUGUAGCUGCCUAUUUUCACUAGAGUUUUGUUUUUAAACAAAAACUAAAACAAACCCUCUCUAAACAUGUUUCAACAGAAUUUCCACGUAGCUGCACUUGUACUCAGCUCUCCCAGAAUAUAAAGUACUUUAUUUUAGUUAAAGAAAAACCCAAGAAUGCACUUCUUGGCAGUUAUCAGACUGCAGCAAAUAUUUUAUUACAAAUAAUUAAAUCUCUCCAUAAUGACUCAAACAGUAUCAGACACCAUCUCAUAUCUCUAACACAGAGCAGAGUAGGCGUUCAAUACUAGAGUCGAGAAGUGUUAAGUUUCAAGCUUCUGAUCAUAUCACGUGGUGACCAGGCAAAGCUUAUAUGUCAUUUUCCCACAUUUUCCAACUGUUGUGUCUCACACAUCUCACUCAUCCCAGUGGAGACAAAAGUUUGUUUUUCAUACUGUAAAUGCAGGAAGUUGAAAGAGAUAAAGUCCAGUGAAAACACAUUGAUUUCAAUUCAACUCUUAGUUAAAAAACAAACUUAAACUCGUUGUUUUGAGGGAAAGGAGGGAGAGGAAGGCACGGGACUAAGAGUCACAACCAUGACAUGGCAUGUUGUACCUCUGGAAACGACUUAUAUUAUGAUAUUUUAAAUAAAGUGUUUUUUGUUU